AUGUACUUGCUGAAAGGUAGGAGUUUCUGGAGUGUGAACAUUCCUCAGGAUUGUUCUUGGUGUUGGAGAAGGCUACUCAAACUUCGGAAUGUUGCUAGGAACUUUAUUUCUUUUGAAGUUGGAGAUGGUCAGAAUAUUCAUUUGUGGUUUGAUAAUUGGCAUCCUUGUGGUGUGUUGAUUGAGAGGUCUGAGGAUUUGGUUGAUAUUCAAAGUCGCCUACCAAAAAUUCAUUUGGGCCCUAUUGAUAAUCCAAUGUGGAAGGUUGCUGGGAAGGGUUCUUUUGUGAGUUCUGAAACCUGGGAUUUCUUGAGGGAUAAGAAAGCUGAAGUUGAAUGGUGGCAUUUGAUCUGGUUUCCUUGUACUAUUCCAAAACAUGCCUUUAUUCUUUGGUUGGCAGUACAAAACCGGUUAACAACAAGUGAUCGCCUUCUUGUUUGGGGUUUUAAUGGAGACCCUCUUUGUGGGUUCUAUCUUCAUAUUCUGUUGACAGAGGGUUGUAGAAAUUGGAAGAAGAAAACCAUGUUGGGGGUUUUGUGUAGGUUGGUUUUUGGAUCUGCUGUAUAUGGUUUAUGGAAAGCUAAGAAUGUUAUUCGGUUUUGUGGUGUUCCUAGUACUGAGGAGCAGAUUUUUAAGAGGAUUUUUUGGGAAGUUAGAACCAGAAUUUCUGAGAAAGGUUCUUUUAAGAAGACUAGAGAAAAUGUUCUGAUUUGUCAGCUUUGGAAUUUAGAUGACUCUGUUUUGAACUAA